AAAAACCAUCUGCUUCUAAUACAUACGUGGAUAGAAUCGAGAAAUGAGUUUGACAGCUAAGGACAAAGCCGUAGUCAAGGCCUUCUGGGGUAAAAUCUCUGGUAAAGCCGACGCCAUUGGCCAAGAAGCUCUUGUAAGAAUGCUUCUUGUCUACCCUCAGACCAAAAUAUAUUUUGCUCAUUGGCCUGACACCUCUUCUAACUCUCCCAAUGUGAAGAAGCACGGCAAAACGGUGAUGGGAGCCAUCUCUGAUGCUGUGGGUAAAAUGGACGAUCUUCUUGGUGGAUUGAGCAAACUGAGCGAUAUACAUGCCACACAGCUUCGCAUAGAUCCUGGAAACUUCAAGAUUUUGUCUCAUAACAUCCUCGUGGCUCUUGCUGUUAAUUUCCCCGCUGACUUCACUGCCGAGGUGCACGUGUCCAUUGACAAGUUCCUGUCGGCUGUAUCUGCUGCCCUCGCUGAUAAAUACAGAUAAACAAUCAUUCGGCAACCAUCUUGUCUGCAAGCAGAGGCACUUAUAAAGAAUCUGUCUAAUUAUAAUAUGCCAGAUGCAGUUAAUAAAAUCCCUUCUAAUUGAAAA